GUCAAUGUUCUUUUUUUCUUCUAGGAACACUCUAGAGAGAAUCUGGACCAUCUGCUUCUCCUCCUCCCCUUCAUUUCCUCAACAACCCUUAGUUCCUCUUUCCCUCCAUUCUCCUCUUUAAAUCCCAAACACCUCAGUCUCCCUUGCGAGCCUCGCAACUUUCCGAAACCCUAAAUUAACACAAGACCCUAUUCUCCAUUCCUUCUGCUUCAGUCACCUUAAACUCAAUCCAUGGGAACCUUAAUUGGCCAUGUCGCCCCCGGCUUCGGCUUCCUGCUUAUCGGCCUAUGGCAUCUCUUCAACCACAUCAAACUCUUCUCCCUCCAUCCCAAAUCCUACCGCUCCCUCCCCUGGUUCCCCUUCCCCAAGCUCCGCCACCUCGAGCUCCUCCUGAUUGCCAUCGGCUCCUGCAUCUCCAUCGCCAUGGAACUCUUCAUCGGCCCUGAAAGCCAUCAACCCCUCGACCACGAUCACACCAUCCCCUCCAACCAUCUCCACAACUUCGAACACGCUUCCAUCUCCCUCACCUUCCUCCUCUACUCCGCCUUCGCCGUAAUCUUCGACUUGGCCCGACCCGCCCGCCCGGCCGCCGAGCCCCUCACAAUCCUCACCGCCUCCGCCGCCUUCGCUCAGCAGCUUUUCCUUUUCCACCUCCAUUCCUCGGACCACAUGGGGGUCGAAGGACAAUACCAUUCGCUCCUACAGCUCGUCAUCGCCGUCUCACUUAUCACAACAAUCAUGGGAAUCAGCCACCCCCGCAGCUUCGCGGUAGGGUUCACCAGAUCGACGAGUAUUGCUUUGCAGGGGAUUUGGUUUGUGGUGAUGGGAUACGCGUUGUGGACGCCGGGGCUGAUUCCGAAAGGCUGUUUCAUGAAUCAAGAGGAAGGACACACGGUGGUUCGAUGCAGGAGCGAGGAAGCUCUUCAACGAGCUAAAUCCUUGGUGAAUAUUGAAUUCAGUUGGAUUCUUGCCGCCGUCGUCGCUUCUUCGUUGCUGUUUUAUCUUGUUUUUAGCCGGAGAUAUGCGGUAGAGGCGGAAUAUUUGAAGGCCGGAGGGGAAGACGAUGAAUCGGAGGAUUUUGAUUUGGAGUCGGAGAAGCGGAGCUUUGUCAGUCUGGAAAGGGAGAUGAGGAACAUUGACCUUGAGAGGUAAAAACAGGGCUUAGGGUUUUUCGAUUAAGUUUGAUUGACUAGUUUUUAAUUUUACAUAAUUUUUCUUCUUUGUUUAUUGGUACUACUAAAAUGUGGAUGCCUUUGAGUACUUUUUUUUUUUUUACAAAUGAGUCGGUUGUAAUUUCAUGUAAAGAUGAUGAUUGGAAUGUAAAAGUUGUCUUUCCUUAGUUUUCCUUCGUAAUAAAGUUUGUAAUUAUGUGCAUGCGGA